GCAAUUUACCAGUUGUUCAUUUUGUCAGACAGUUUAUGAAGCUUUGAGACUGUUUGCUUUAACUAGCCCUCAAAGUUUCCAAAGAAUGGAAAUAUGAGCACACCCUCAGCUAGACAAGCUACAGCUACAGGUACGUAUGUUUCCAUUAAAAUGAGCUAAAUUAAAUAUAUACUGGCGCCCGAUGCAAUUAUGUUUUAUCAUAAUUAAAGGUGACCAAACAGAAGGAACACCCACGAAGACCGUAAUAAAAGGCCCAUAGCGGAGGUGCGCUCCCCAAAUUGGUGACUUCCACACUGCGUCAGCUCCUCACAACCUUCGCACAGCGCGCUUAAUUUUCUAAGCCAAUCACAUCCAUUCAAGACACAAAGUGGGCGGGACAAGACCCGUCUUGUAAAGGCCAAACCCACAGAGCGGAAAUACAGGAAUCGCGGGACACACCAGCAUAGCCCCACCCCUGGGAGGAAAAUUCGUUGAAUUAUUAUGACAAAGGAAGGAGCUUACUUGUUUUAAGAGUUAACAAACCCCCUGGCAGAGAAACAAGUGUGGUGCACUUUCAUGGCACGUGCCCUAAUCGUACCAGGUAAUUGAGCAGUUUCGUUUCGGUUGCUGGCAGAGGCGGAGUCAGUCGACAACCUUUCUGGAACCAGUAAGUGAAAGCAGGCAAACUUCGUGGUGGAUUUGUAUUAUGGAAUUAAUUGUCCAUAUGGCAUCAUUUCCUACUGUGCCAUCUAAGAUGUUGAAUCAUCAGCAGUAUCUUAUUGGACUUCUUUCACAGCAGUUCAAUAAAGAAGAUUUCAGCGAUGUAGAAAUUGUCAUCAAUGAAACUCUCAACUUUAAAGUCCAUAAAUUCAUGCUGGUUACUCAGAGCAGUGUUUUUCACACUAUGCUGUCCAGCAUUCACUGGACAGACUCAAAACUGAAAACCAUCUCACUUACUGAGGAGGAGCAGUGUUUGCCCUAUCUAGAACACUUUCUAAAGUACUUCUACACUGGCUUUGUGGAAAUUAGUACUGACAGUGUUCUUCCGUUCCACAUUCUAGCUGAUAAGUAUGAUGUGCCAGAAUUGAAACAGAGCUGUGAGAAGUUCAUGUUUAAAAAUGUAGCUGCCUUGAGCCAGUUUAAUCAUGCUGUGUCAUGGAGGAGAUAUGCCAAACUCACUGACCUAAAACACCUCAAAGAAGCAUGUGACCAGUUCAUAGCUUGGAAUAUGGACCUGGUCAUAGACGCCCCUGAGUGGACAUCCAUUGAAUUUGAUCACCUUAUUGAACUUUUGGAGAGAUCUGAUCUUGUGGUGGAAAGUGAAUUCUCUCUUUUCAAGGCUGUUGUAUGCUGGAUUGAGUGGUACCCUGACCUAGCAGAUGAGGUUUUACAAAAGAUACGGUUUCCAAUGAUUCACCCUGUUGAAUUGUUUCAGUUUAUGGAUUCCACAAAACUGGAUCCAGGGAUUCAAUCAAAAAUACAGUUACGCAUUAUGAUUGUGUUUGAAGCCAACUGUGUUCCUUUUGAGACACUUAAGAAACGUUAUGAUGUUGCAUCAGAUCAGUUUUAUAUGAGACAUUACCUGGCCAGCAACAAUGGAAGUCCACUUGAAAUAUCCGGGUAUAACAGUCUGACAAAACAGUCUGUUCAGCUGCAGUUCACAACCAAGUUUCUCCAACAGCAGACCAGAUGGAGUAUUACUUUCUAUCCAAUAGGAGAGAGAAUCACUGUUCAGGAACAACAGCAAACUGUUUAUGUACAUGGUUAUCAUCACUAUAACCCUAUCUUUACUGAGCGUGUUGUUAAAGAUGACAAUAAAGCUGUUCUGAAAUGUUCUGUGAGCAACUGUAGUCUGGAUCCAUUGAUCCAUGAGCACAAGUUGCUUGUCCUGCUUCAGAAAUUCCACAGCAGUGUUUGGACAGUAUGUGAUGUGAAGACCAUAACUGUCAGUCACUCUGAAGAGUCUCAAAUUGAAGAUCUGAUUCCUCUGUCUGAGCGUCCCAAGUUUAUACACAAAGACAUGAUGAGAAUUCAUUUUGUGGGUCACACUGUGUGGAAGUAGGAGAUGUAGCAAAAGUGACUCUGAGAAAGGCAGAGGUUCUGUCACUGUGGGAAAAGAGUUUGAAAAUGGCCACAGUUUCUCAUUACUUUUUUUUUUUUUUUUUUCUCUCUUAAAUUAUGGUACUUAAGUUCCUGUGAUCUAGUGUUGUCAAACACAGUCUUAACACAUAUGGUAGUUAGCAUGUUUGGACUUUAUGACAGUUUUAAAUGUGUAUCUUUCAAAUGCAUUGCCAUAUUCGAUCUCAGUACUAUAAUUUGUAUGUCAGGUAUUAAAAAGGCUCUUAAAACAACUUUCAAAAUUAAAGGGGUGCUUUUCAUAAAAUGCCCAAGUGGGCACUUUUCUUAUACCAUAUUUUUUUUUUUUUAAAUAAAGUCAAAGCAAUUAGACACAUUGGGUGCCAAAAAUGAACUUAUACUAUGUAACUGACUUUUCAUCUAUUGUUAAAAUCAAGACAAUCAAAUCAGACCCUUUGUUCAGUUUUUAAUUAGAUCUUAAAACAAUAUUCGGGUUAACUUUUUUUUUGUCUUGUUAAGUACAUAGUAGCAAAGGAAUUAU